AUGACUGUUAGGGAACAAGUCCCAUUGUUGGUCGGAAAAACAGCAAGUCCACAACUUAUCAAUCGUAUUGUUAAUGUAGCUAUAAGUCACGAUGAACGAAUCAAACACCUGGAUACGGUCUACGUCUAUCAUUUUGGGGCGAAUUUCUUGGUGGAAUUACAUGUGGUGAUGGAUCGUGAAAUUACGCUCUGCGAAGCGCAUGACGUUUCCGAAACUUUACAGGCUAAACUGGAACAGCUUUCAUUCGUAGAGCGAGCUUUUGUUCAUUGUGACUAUCAAUUUGAUGGCGAUGAACAUCGAUGGUGUAACCGACACAAAGUGAAUUUACAAAAAUUCUACAAAGAUCAAACUGAUCUCGUGGAAGCAUGGAACGAGGGCAAAAAGAUGAUUACUAAUUUAAUCGACCAGGCAGUCCAGGAAGAAAAAGAAAGAGUAUGGGUCACUCGACUUGUCAUCAUAGCUAUCAUAUUAAAUUUUGUUAUGUUCGCCGGUAAAAUGGCAGCUGCCACUAUUUCACACUCACUCUCCGUAACUGCGUCAUUGGUAGAUAGGUUACAGCCACUUACCACCCUAAUCGUUGCCCUUCUUGUGAUAUUCACUAACGUACUGGUUCUACUCAAAUUUGCCGUAGACAGUGUUGCCACCAUUGUAAAAUAUUUUUAUAGUGCUAAGAGCCGAAAUAUCUAUAGUUGUGUUUUGUGGAUAGGAACAUCAGUGAAAGCAGCUGUGGGACACGAAUGGUGGGAAUAUGUUGAUCUUAUUGGUGGAAUACUUGUGAGGUCACUUGAUCCAUAG